AAAAAUCAGAAACCUUAACCUCAAACUUGAAAGAAAGAAAACAAUAAUAUAAAUUCCAAAUAGUUCAAAACUUUAAUCAAAUAAGAAUAAAGUAGGUAGUGAUUUGAAAUUUGAUAAUUGUAAUACAAACAUGGCAUCCAAAGAAGGAGGUGAAAAGUCAAAAGGCAGCCAAGUAACAGGAGAUAAUAAAGAAAAGAGAAGGAAAGAAUCUAUAUUAGAUCUUAGCAAAUACUUGGAGAAAAGCAUCCGUGUAAAAUUCGCAGGAGGGCGUGAAGCGGCGGGAAUUCUUAAAGGCUAUGAUCCCCUUCUAAACCUUGUGCUAGACAAUACUACGGAGUUUCUAAGAGAUCCUGAUGACCCAUACAAACUUUUGGAUGACACAAGAGCUUUAGGUCUUGUUGUUUGCCGAGGUACAUCAGUCGUUUUAAUAUGUCCAAUGGAUGGUAUGGAAGCAAUACCAAACCCUUUUAUUAAUCAGGAAGGAUAACUGUAAUUUUGAUAAGAAUAAAUUUUUAAAUAAGGCA